UUUCAUUUAUUUGAAAAUAUUUCUCAUAUACAUAUUUUAGAAAUUAUAAUUUACAAUAAAAAGAUAAUAAUAAAAGAUCUUGGAAAUGAAAAAAAAAUCGUCAGAUUAAAAUACGAGUAAAACAAUUGAAAAAUUGAUUUUGACUUUUCUUCUUAAGGUUAUGAAAAUUUUUCAUAAGUUCAAAAAUAUUUUAAUUUGAAAAAAAAAAUGUUAUAAAACAUUUAAAAAAAAGAAAAAAUAAUGAAUAAUUAAUUUGUAAAAUUGUGUAAUUAAAUUUUUUGUAUUUGAUUCAAGACACAUAAUGAAUGACUCGGAGCAGGAAUUGUUUUUAAUUGAAUUUCUUGUCAGCAAAGUAAACAUUCCUUCGGUACAAGCCAUGCAUGAUCAAUUGCUUCCUGCAACAACUUGCGUAUCAUUUCAGAUUUUGAGUCUCCCACCGGUGAUUAUUGAACAAACGUAUUUAAAUUCCAAAGGAUGUUCAUGUGAAAAUUUUGAUACACAAAUAUUUAAUAAAGGAAAAUCGUGUUUAUUUGCCCUUCCAACUUUGGUUUUGGAAAAACCACUCACAUCAUUUCCAAUUACAAUGACAGUUUAUAAAAAAUUACCACCCGGUGUUCUACCAGAUGUUAUGUCAAUAGGAAGUCAUCAAAUUCAAGCAAAGGAUUUUAUUAAUAAUAUUUUAAGAAAACGAAUUUUUAAAUCAUCAGUAGCGCCAUCGACAACUAGUAAAGAAAUUUAUAAAAUUACCACAGCCACUGGUCAAGCUGUUGGUGAAAUUGAAAUUUUCAUGAGAAUUUCAUGUUUUGGAAAGAAAAUCAUAACACAAUUUCAAAUACCCCAUAAUCGUAAACCAUUUUUAUUUAAAGGUGAAUUAGACAGUCCUGUGAUUCAAUGUAAAAAAAUACCAUCAAAUUGUAAAUUGGUUGAGAAAAGUUUUGCAGCUGGUGAAAAAAUUGAGGAAAUAAAUAAUUAUCAUUGUCCAGCACCACCACCAUCGUCGCCAAUUAAUUUAAAAUCAUCAUUAAAAUCAAGUGUAAAUCGAAAUAGAGAAGAAUAUUUACAACCUGGAAAUGUGUGUUUUAAAGAAAGAAAUUCAACAAUAUUUGAAAGAAAAGAAAGACCUUUCUCAAUGCGAAAUGAAAUGACAAAUUUUCAAAAAAAUGAUACAAAUACACGUAAAUGCGGUUGUAGAAUCAAAAUGGAAAAACAAUGCGGCUGUAGUUGGAAAUAAUUUUUAUUGGAGGGAAAAAAAAGAAAAAAUAUGAAAAUCGAUUUUUCCUCUAGAACAAUAAACGAUCGAAUAAUAUACUUUUUCCAACUGUCAAAAUUUUAAUUUUAUUUCAUUUUCGACUAUACUAAUUUUGGAAAUAAAAUGUCAAUUAAAUUUUA